AUGUGGCGGAAGUUGAAACAUGCGAUAAUGUUACAUGAUAUACGGAAUCAUUUAAGUUUAGCACCCUAUAGAAAAUGCAAUAACUCGAAAAGUUAUGUCACAAGCAUUCUUAUCAUAUGUUGCAUAAUUGGAAGAGAUUACGACAGGGUGGAUACAACAUCAAGUCAUGAUUGUAUUUCCAAUCUCAGGCUUAGAAUAUUUUAA